CUCUUCUUGCAUGGCACUCAGUCCACCAAACACCGCGGUACUAGUCCACCAAACACCGCGGUACUAGUCCACCAAUCACCGUGGCACUCUGUCCACCAAACACCGCGGUACACCAGUCCACCAAUCACCGUGGCACUCAGUUCACCAAACACCGUGCACUCAGUCCACCAAACACCGUGGCACCUGUCCACCAAACACCGCGGUACUAGUCCACCAAAACACCGUGCACUCAGUCCAACAAACACCGUACUCAGUUCACCAAACACCGUGACACUCAGUCCACCAAACACCGUGGCACUCAGUCCACCAAACACCGCGGCACUCAGUCCACCAAAACAACGGCACCUGUCCACCAAACACCGCGGCACUCAGUCCACCAAACACCGCGGUACUCAGUCCACCAAACACCGCGGUACUUCAGUCCACCAAACACCGGCACUCAGUUCACCAAACACCGUGGCACCUAGUCCACCAAACACCGUGGCACUCAGUCCACCAAACACCGUGGCACCCAGUCCACCAAACAACGGCACUCAGUCCACCAAACACCGUGCAGUCCACCACAAACACCGCGGUACUCAGUCCACCAACACCGUGGCACUAGUUCACCAAACACCGUGGCACUGUCCACCAAACACCGGCACCCAUCCAUCAAACAUCGGCACUCAGCCACUAAAACACCGUGGCACCCAGUCCAUCAAACACCGUGGCACCUCAGUCCACCAAACACCGCGGCACUCAGUCCACCAAACACCGCGGCACUUAGUCCAAACACCGUGGCACUCCAGUCCAACAAACACCGCGGCACUCAGUCCACCAAACACCGGCACUUAG